GGGCGGUUUGUCUGUUGCCAUAGCAUCCGCGUAAACGCAGAACAUGCUGUUUGGUCGCAGGCAAAAACAGCGAAUCAGCGAAUUAAUCUAGUUUGGGUUAAGAAACAUUUCGAGCAGCAAUGUUUUAAGUUAAAUUAAGUGUCAAGCUGCGAUAAUUUAUAAUUUAUUUGGCAGAUAUAACGCUAGGCCUUUAUAUUUUUGUUUGGGAACAAAGACAAGUAGCAUUUUCUGUGCUCAAACUGUUACUAAUGGCUGGAAAAGUCCUCUGUCAGGCAACAAAACUGUACAACAUCCUAAAUCAAUGCACCCAUCUACCAAGGCUAGCAGACAGCAACUAUCUUUGUUUGAUUGAUGCGCGUGCAGCAGAAUCAUAUAACUUCAGCCACAUCAUUACUGCUAGAAAUGCAAAAUGGGAUUCUGAUGGGAAGUUUAUUAUGCCCUUGGAUGUUGAGGUUGAAAGUAUGAGAUACAUAAUUGUUUAUGACAGUAGUACACAUUCACUGUCAGAUUCAGGUCCAGCUAUAGACUGUGCAGACAGCAUAGAAAAGUCAAGCCAAUUUCCGGUUCAGAUUCUUAGUGGGGGCUAUGAAAAGUUUUCCGCACUCUACCCUUUCCUAAGAACGCAAAAGAUUCUUUACAAUAUUAGGGAACUAGAGAGCUUGCAUCCCUGUCCUGUGGAAAUCUUGCCAGGCAAGCUUUAUAUGGGUGAUUACAGGCAAGCCACAAACCUUCAAAUCCUUAAUGAUCUGAAGCUCAAAGCACUUGUCAAUGUCUCUGAUGAAUGCAGUCUUGUGUUUAAAAAGGCAAACUGCACUGUCUUACACAUCCGAAUUGCAGAUUCCGCCGAGGCAGAUUUGAUCACUUCAUUUGAGAGCAUGUGCAUUUUUAUUGGUUCACAUCUCAAUAACUCUGCUUCUGUUUUGAUAUUCUCUACUCUUGGAGUAAGCCGAUGCUGUGCUGUAACAAUGGCAUAUCUUAUAUAUCACCUCAAAUACACACUAAAGGAGGCAUGGAAUCAUAUUCAGCAGUGCAAAGCCAACAUGAGACCAAAUCGAGGCUUUGUCCAGCAACUUUCUGAAUGGGAACUUCAGACUCUUGGAAACAGAGUUACAGAUAUAUCAGAAUCCAUCUACUGACAAUAACAACAUUUAACAGAAGCAUCACGUGCACAUUCAUAUUCAGUGGCUUUCUACGGUCACUGAUUAUACACAGAAUCAUACAUUUUUAAUAUACAAUUACAAAACCAAACAAAAGAACAAUAAACUCUUUGCUGUAAACUCACCAUAGACAAUAUUAGAUUGUACUAAACUGUUUUAAGAUAUUAAAACAAUUGUGUAAAUAUAUGCCGCUAAAAAAUGCCUUUUCAUCCACUUUACUGUAUGUUGCUUUAACACACGUUGUAAAUUUAAUAAACAUUUAUUAAAUUUGCUUCCGAAUCAUUACUCCUAUGAAAUAAUAAAG